ACAGAAGAAAAUACCCAACCGAUACAAGAAAUCCUUGAGGUUCGAAUAAAACUAAUGAGCGAGGUUGAAUUUACAACAGUGAUUUAGUACAUUCGUGUAACUCAAGAUGGCUCGCAUUUUAUUAAUCAUUUUGGUAGCAUAUUUUUCGAUUAUUUAUGCUGAUGAUACACAGUGCGGAAACAAUGAAAGUUGGAAUCUCUGUGGACGUAUGUGUGAACCAACCUGUCCGUAUCGUAAGCCCAAUAAAAAUGCUUGUCCCAGAAUCCAAUGUACCGAGUCUACCAGCGCUUGUCGUUGUAACAAAAGAUUCUGGAGAAAUUCUGAAACAGGGCAAUGUGUUCGAGCUGAAAAGUGUCCCAGAAACCGGAAGCAACGAUCAACGAUGGAGCAGUACGAAUUAGUUUGCGGUGAUAACGAACAAAUUGGAAAUUGUGGAAGAACGUGCGAAGGAACUUGCAGUAAUCCGAACGUGACGCAUUGCCCGAAUUGCUCCAAUAAUGGCUGUCAAUGUAAAAAAGGAUAUUUGAGAAAUGAGGAAACUGAUACUUGCGUUCCUACCUGGAUGUGCCCGAGAACAAGUCGAUUGAAAAGAAGCAGAAAAGAGAAAAAAUGCAAGCGAGGAGAAAUUAUGGGUGCAUGUGGAACAAAGUGUGAGGGCACAUGUGAGAGUCCUCGCCAACCAGAAAUAUGCCAAAGAAUUAGAUGUAGUGACCGGAGUUGCAGAUGCGACCUUGCAUCCGGGGAGCCUGCUGGUAACAAAGAUGCUUCAGUCCUGCUGUACACGCUAUCGCGGCUCCGAAUGGCUCGCUUCACAAUCGUUUUUCUUGCUCUCGUUGUCGCCUCGUAUGCACAAUCUUACGAUGGUAUUUGUGACUGUAAUGAAGAAUUAAAUUUGUGUGGACGUAUAUGCGAACCGACCUGCAGGACGCGUAAACCUAAUCCCUUGUUGUGCCCUAGACUCCAAUGUACCAAUUCCACCAAGGCUUGUCGGUGUAAAAAAGGAUACUACAGAGACUCUUUAACAAAACUUUGUGUUCUUCCCGUGCAAUGUCCAGUUACUACGACGACUACGACUCCGAGUCCCUGCGGCGUGAACGAACAACUCGGUAACUGUGGACGCAUGUGCGAAAAAACCUGCUCAAACUCCAGCUUAGCGCAAUGUGCAGCGACCAGCUGCGCCGGCUCUGGCUGCCAGUGUGAAAACGGAUAUGUGAGAAACGAGGCAACCGAUCAGUGCGUCAAGCCUUCGAAAUGUCCGGAAAAAUGUGCUGAAGGCGAGAUUCGAGCUGCCUGUGGAAAAACAUGCGAGGGCACAUGUCAAAAACCUCGCACCCCAGAAAUCUGUUCUCGAAUCAGAUGCAGUAAUCUCGAUUGUAGAUGUGAUCUUUCAUCUGGAUACGUUCGCAACGCAACUACGAACGAAUGCGUUCAGAUUGGUCAAUGUCAAACCAAAGAACCAGUUUGUCCUGCGAACAGUGCACCAAAACAAUGCGGAAGAUUCUGCGAACCAACUUGUAGGAACCCCCAGAAGCGUGCUUGCAAGGUCGACGCAUCGAAAUGCACGGUUGACUGCAGGUGUUUGGACGGAUUUGUAAGGAACGAGAAAACGCGAGAGUGUGUCAGACCGUCGACUUGCUGCGAGUACGAUGAAUUGAAACCGGAGGAAAAAUAUUAGGAAAAUUAACCCGAACGAGCUUCUGACAAAAAUUCCAGCUCUGAAUCGAAAACAUUCAUAGGUGUACAUUACAAUGAUAGAGCUCAGUGCAGAAGCACUGAAAGGACGAAUGUUAAAUAUGAAUUGACAAAAGUUGUAUUUCAAAAACCAAAGAUUCUUGUUAUUGUAAUCGAUCAAAAGACGAUUCGAUACAAGAUUUUUCGUUCCACAAUAAAUAAAAAUUUGCCAGAAAAUCAUUUGAAA